GGUAGGGAGGGGAAAGGAGUGGAGGAGGAGGAGAAGAGAGGGAGCGUUAAUAUGUAUAUUAAUAUGAGUAGUAGGCUGUCUGUAAAACUGAGUUUCAAAAGCACCUAGUUUAUAACUGCUGUACUCCACUAUGACACAAAAGGUGUGUGCGUCUGGAAGGGGCGAAGUUGCCUGCAUUUCUCACUGAAAGCGGAGGGAGGGAGUGAGGGACGGAGGGAGGGACGGAGGGAGGGAGGGAGUGAGGGAGGAGAAGAGUGGUGCAGUGUGAGUCGUGUGGCAGUGCUUUGCCUCGAUCUCUUCACAGCACAUCCUCCUCUCUCCUCCUCCUCUUUUUUUCUUGACACACCUCUAAUAUAGGAGCUACCGGGAUUCGUUUUUAUCCAUCGCUGGAGUGGGAUAACACACACAUCACACCUCAGCCUCAGUCAUGGUGUUCAUCAGCUUGGCUCUCAAAUCUGUCCUGAAGUACUUCAACAGGAACAACAGCGCUGUCAGACAGGACGAGGACAAAAAGUGGUCGGUACACUACACUUCCCAGAAGCCUCAGCAGGAGACACGGCCCUCUUGUGUGGAUGACCGCCGUACCGUACUCAGAGAGUGCAGCAAGAAGCCAAGGAGAGUUGGGUAUGGCAGUUCACAGUACUUCUCCCAAAACCCUGCCUACCUCAGCCCCAGCAUAUCAGAAAACAGGCUGCAUGAUGACAAGGGCAGGAGCGACAGACACCGGAAAAAGCGGUCUAAGCUGCUGGACUGUCUGUCUCAGUCCUGCUUCUCUGUCUGCUGGAGGAGAAAGUCAACCGGGUCAUCGCCAGAUGAGGACCUGUCGGCAUAUUCAUUCAGACCACCACCGAGCCCCCCUACGAACAGUUACCAAACCAUCGAUGACACAGUUAACGGGUGUGACGUCACGGCUGACAGCUGUGACCUCACAGUCGCCGAGGAGACAGAGUGGACUAAGCCCCUCCCCCUGCCGACACCAGAGGAGAAGAUGAGGCAGCAAGCGCAGGCCAUCGCCGCUGAAAUAGUACCCAUCAACAUCACUGGUGAAGGUUUUGAGCGUCAGGCUAGUUUCCGGCGAGCAUUAGCCAACACAGACACUCUGAUCCGUCAACCCCGGAACAAACUAACACGCCGCAAGACCAUCGCCGGAAUACCUGACGACGUCACCAGAGAUCUGGAAUAUGAAGCUGACGAAGAGCCAGGUUGUGGUGGAUCAGUGGUUUUGCCUGGUCAGUACUCUACUCUGGGCCGAACCGGCACUGUCAACACAGCCCUGCUACAGCGUUCUCUCACACAAGGCCCACACACCCAAUCACUCACGCCCUCACACACCCAGGGGGCCGGCCUGUUGGAAGAGGAAAGGAGAGAGGAGGAAAGGGUAGAAGAGAGGAGAAUGGAGGAGAGAAGAGAGGAGGAAAGGGAGGAGGAGAGGAGAGUGGAGGAGAGGAGAGAAGAGGAAAGGGAGGAGGAGAGGAGAAUGGAUGAGAGGAGAGAGGAAGAAAGGGAGGAGAAGAUGAGAAUGGAGGAGAGAAGAGAGGAGGAAAGGGAGGAGGAGAGGAGAGUGAUGAAGCCUUCAGUGCGCCGGAUCCGAGCCCAGAGAGGACAGGGUAUCUCUUCUCUGAUGGCCUCUCUCACCCCGACCCUCACCCCUAACCCCUCCAUCACGCCUUACCUCAGCCUCACCCCCUCCUCUUCCAUGGGCAGUGUCUCCCUGGGGGGUGAAGAUGGAGGAGAGGGGUUCCACAGCCUCCCCCGUCAGGACGUCCUGUCCUCCCUGAGCUCUGAGAGCAGCUGCCUCAGCACCCCCUACAGGACAUUCUGCCAUACGGCAUCCUGUUCUAUGGAUCAUGAGUUCCUGAGCCAGUCAGGGGAGGGUCAGAGCAGCAGAUUCCCGAGUCAGAGCACCUUACUCGGGGAGGACUGGAGCUACGAGCCCCUCUUAUCCUCCAGCCGCUCCUCCCCCCUUCAUCCUUUCACCUCCAUCUCCACCUCUUGUCAGACCGACUGCAGCUCCCUCUGCUCCGAGUCCCACGUUCACGGCGGCGUUUCUGCCGACUAUGCUACUGGCGGCAACCGCUGUCCCCACGGUAACCGGGACCACCGCGGUCUCCAUGGAAACAGCCGUAACCUGUCAAGCAGUAUCUCUCUGAGGAAGUCAAAGAGGCCACCUGCUCCCCCCACGCGCUCCACCUCACUACGGUUUAAACCUGGCCGGGGGAAAACGCUGCGCUGCAACUACAACAACGACACUGCUGGACCUGGAGAGUUGGCCAUGAAGGGGAGUCUGACCUCUAGCCCUACUCCCCUCUCCCCUCCACUCUCUCCAGGGGUGUUCGAGGACCCAUGGGUCCCCCGCUGUAGCAGUGUGGGCAGCGGGGGCAGGGCAGGUGCUGAUACAGACAGCCAGAUCAACCAUGUCCUUCACUUCCACAGCUUCCACCAACAGCCCAACCCUGGUCAGGAACAAAACAACCCUGCUAGCCCUUGCCAGCAACAGCCUCACCCAUCUGUCCCCCGCUCAGCCAGUGCUGGAGGAGUGAGCCUGCUUAUGGGACCUAAAAUGGCUGCCUCUUCUCCUAAGAUGUCUGCCACUGCAGGGAGACUCCAGCGGUUGGCCUCUUCCACCUCCAGCGGAUACUCCAGCGAGUGCAACACCCCAACCCUCUCCUCACCCCUCACAUCCCCUUCACCCCUCACACCCUCCUCAUCCCAAACACACUCCUCACCCCUCAUCUCCUCCCUCUACCUCAACUCCUCUUCCUCCCUCCCCAGGACACGUUCUAGCCCAGGGGGAGGAGGGCCAAGACCCCCCAUCCCAGAGAGAAAGUCCUCUCUCCUCUCCUCUCCCUUCUCCUCCUUUUCCUCUACCUCCUUCCUCUCUUCCUACACCUCCUCCGACUCCAGAUAUCCUCCUCUCCCCCCUCCUCCUCCCCUGCCCGGCUCCAACAUUCUUCCCUGUCUACCUCCACCCUACCCAUCCCUCCCUCAAGGACAAUCACUCCCCUCUCCUCUCCCUGAUCUGUGCAUCUCUCACGCUCUUCCCUCUCCCCCUCCUCUACCUCAGCCAUCCCUCCCCUCUCCCUCUCCCCCUCCUCCCUCUCCCCCUCCUCUACCCCAGCCAUCCCUCCCCUCUCCCCCUCCUCUACCCCAGCCAUCCCUCCCCACUCCCUCUCCUCUACCUUCUCCCCCUUCCCUCCCACAGUAUGAUGCCUGUGCAGUGCGACAGACUCAACCCCACCCCUUCUUUUCACCUAUUACACCUGCCAGCCAGGUGACUUCAUUGCUAGGAUUCCCUCCUCCUCCUUCCCCUGAGCUCACAGAGGAUUCAAACCUGUCAAUCAACAGCCCUCCUCAUCUUCCUCCUCUUCCCGCUCAUCCACCACCUCCUCCCUCUUACACCCACACCCCUCUGCCUCCUUCCCUCCUCCUUCCCCUCUCCAGAGUGUGUCCAGGACACACUCCCCGGCCCCUGAUAACAACCCAAGCCCUUCAGAGAGUCACUCUGUGCUCUACCAAGAGGCUAAACAACCCUUCAUCAUCUAAUGUCGAGCAGAGCCAAGACAUCAAUGAUGCUACCCUAACUAGCAUUAUGCUAACCAACUAUAGAUCAGCUAAUGUUGAGCAGAGCCAAGACAUCAACGAUGCUACCCUAACUAGCAUUAUGGUAACCAACCACACAUCAGCUAAUGUCGAGCAGAGCCAAGACAUCAACGAUGCUACCCUAACUAGCAUUAUGGUAACCAACCAUACAUCAGCUAAUGUUGAGCAUAGCCAAAACAGCAAUGAUGCUACUCUAACUAGCAUUAUGCUAACCAAUGCUAAGUCAACCAAUGAUGCCCAGCAUAUUGCAAAGAGCACAGAAGCUAAGCUAAAUGACAUAAUGCUAACCAGCACCCAGGAGCGAGGGAAGGGCAUGGAUGCCACACUAACCAGCACUGUGUUAGAGAGUGUGGGAAGGAUUGAUGCCAUGCUUACUGAGGCUGAAGAGAGAACCCCAAAGAAGGCUGUUGUUCUCUCUAGGCCCCUGAUAGCAGUGUUUCAAAGUUCUAGUCCUACUGCUGAAAACACACUACAGAAGGGAGAACCUACGCCACGACAGGAGACCACACCCUGCCUCACCAACGGCCAACCAGAGUACUCAGUGUGGGCAUACACACCCACACACUCCCCUGCUACCCCCUCCUCCUCCUCCCCCCACAGACAGAAGCUUCCCUGUGCCCUGAAGAAGCCCAAGAUCAUGCCCCCACCCUUGCUGAGGACACACCAGACAGACACACCCCCACCACCACCUCCACCCGUAUUGAUAGGUACACCUCCACAGCCCUCCGUCCCAGAGACACCCCCCUUACUGGGGAUAAACAUGUACCGGCCAGAGAUACAGACCCAGCCAGAGACACAGACCCAGACAGAGUCUCAACCACCCAUACAGAGGACAACCAAGCCCCAGACAGAGUCUCAACCAGAGACAGCAUACCUCUUCCUGAAGUUCUACCAGUCACAGUACUGUGUACCAGAGUUACCGCCAAGCCCCUGUCCUUCAGAACCCUGUGUACCAGAGUUACCACCAAGCCCCUGUCCUUUAGAACCCUGUGUACCAGAGUUACCACCAAGCCCCUGUCCUUUAGAACCCUGUGUACCAGAGUUACCACCAAGCCCCUGUCCUUUAGAACCCUGUGUACCAGAGUUACCACCAAGGCCCUGUCCUUUAGAACCCUGUCUACCAGAGUUACCACCAAGCCCCUGUCCUUCAGAACCCUGUGUAACAGAGUUACCACCAAGCCCCUGUCCUUCAGAACCCUGUGUACCAGAGUUACCACCAAGCCCCUAUCCUUCAGAACCCUGUGUACCAGAGUUACCACCAAGCCCCUGUCCUUCAGAACCCUGUGUAACAGAGUUACCACCAAGCCCCUGUCCUUCAGAACCCUGUGUACCAGAGUUACCACCAAGCCCCUGUCCUUCAGAACCCUGUGUACCAGAGCCACAGCAGGAGUCCUGUCCACUGGAGAUGAAGACAGAGACAGAGAGAGAGGACGAGACAGAGAGUGAGACAGACACAGAGAAAGAGGCAGAGGCAGAGGCAGAGACAGAGAGAGAGACAGACACAGAGAAAGAGGCAGACACAGAGGCAGAGAGAGCGGCAGACACCGAGAGAGAAGCAGCUCCCAGACAGCCACAGAGUGUACCAGUGCCAUACACAGAGCUGGGGAGAUCAGAACCAGAGGAAAUUUGGGUGAUGCAGGAGGAAGAAGAGAAGGAGGAGAGAGAAAAUUGGCAGAAGCUGGGGAGAAGAGAGGAGGACAGUGAAGAGGAAGACAGACGGAGGGGAGUGAUGGAGGAGGAGGACAGCAAUGAUUUUGAAAGCUUCUCUCUGGAAGAGAGGAGAGACUCUCUGAGCAGUCCUCUGUCUACUGACAGCCUGAAAGAGGCACUACUCCUGCCAGAUCUGUUCAUCCAGGAGGACGAGGGGGAACUGGGGGAAGAGAGGAUGGAGUGGGAGGAGAGGAAGGAGUGGGGGAAGAGGGAGGAGAGGUGCAGCCUGGACACAGAUGAGGCCUGCAGCUCCACAGGGUCCCUGACCUCCAGAGAAGACAAUGGUGAGGUGUUUGAUAUUUGUUCAGCGGAGAAGAUGGUGACACCAGCACCACCACGGACUACUGAAGACCUGUUUGCUGCCAUACACAGGUCUAAGAGGAAAGUUCUUGGGCGCAGGAACUCUGAGGAAGACCGAUGCCGUGUCUUCCCCCUCUCCUCCUCCUCUUCUUUCUCCUCCUCUCCUCCAGUGACCCCUCCAGGCCCUAGCCCCGACCUUCUGCAACCUCUUGAGGUGUUAGGAUCCAGUAAGGUGAGAGGUCAUGGGUUAGGGGUCAGCAGCAGCAGUGACAGCUUCAAGGCUCUGCUCCUGAGGAAGGGAAGUCGCUGCGACCCUGCAGCUCGCAUGUCUGCAGCCGAGAGACUCCGCAGUACUGCCCCCAAACACAUGAUGGCGACACCACAUAGCCAGAGCUCACAGAGCCAGAGCUCACAGAGCCAGCGAUCACAUAGUCAGCGAUCACAGAGCUCACAGAGCCUGCGCUCACAGAGCCAGCGCUCACAUAGCUCACAGAGCCAGCGCUCACAGAGCCAGCGCUCACAGAGCCAGAGCUCACAGAGCCAGAGCUCACAGAGCCAGCACUCACAGAGCUCACAGAGUCAGAGCUCACGGAGCUCACCAAGCCAGAGCUCACAGAGCCAUCCCCUGUCAGACAUACACCUGCAGCUUGGAGUGGAGUCACACACUCACACCCCUCAGCCCUUUGCACAAACACACACUGUCCAGCUAAUGACGCUACACCUACCCCAGCCCCAGUACACUCACAGACACAGGAGGAGGGCAGAGUGGGCACUCACUGAGGGCACGCUCCCUCUCUCCUCCCUGUCCUCCCCCACAUACCCCUCCUCCCCCUCUCUUUGGGGGUGGCGACCCCCCCGCUCCCCCACUCCCCCUUGCUCAGCCAGCCGGCGUUUCGCUGCCCGCAGCCGACUACCCAGCAGCCCCAUGACUGCCAUCUCGGAGCGGGAAGGAGAGGGCGAAUCAAUGGAGGGUGAUGGGUUGGCCGUGACCAUCGGACUGGGCCGCGAUUCCUGCAAGACUUUUGGAUUGGUCAAGCUCACUGACGGACGUGCCGAGGCCACCAAUGGCAGCCUUGAUUGGCAGCAGAGCAGGUCUAUGGAGACACACAACGUCUUGUGGGUAGGCUAGAGCACCAGACUGGCGAGUCGCUGUCCUACUCAUAUACCCAGGACAGAGGCUUCAGUCCAGGGCUAGGAGACUUUAUGUAUCCUGCACCUGGGAGAAAUUAUUGGAAGUCGACCACUGUCUAAAAAAAAUAAAUAAAUACCAGCCACCAGACUGGCUAUUGUACAGGACAGUGGAGGCAGGUGAGAGAAGCAAUAGGAGGAUGGGCUCAUUGUAACGGCUGGAAUGGAAUUAGUGGAGCGGAGUCAAACAUGUGCUUUCCAUGUGGUUCAUGUGUUUAAUACCAUUCAAUUUAUUUCAUUCCAGCCAUUACAAUGAGCCCGUCCUCCUAUAGCUCCUUCCACCAGCCUCCACUGGUACAAGAUGAUUGUCUCUGUUAAUAGAUUAUUGGGUAACAUGAAUGUUGUUUUUUUCUCUGACCUGUUGUUUCAGUGUUGUAUCUAGUUUUAGUAUGCAGCAGUAGCCAUUUUGAGAUUAAGAAUACAACAUUAUAUUAUAUUAUUAAAAUAUCUAAAAAAUGUUUUUUGAGGUUUCAGUUACCAAAGACAAACUGUCACUCCCAGCGAAGCAACUGCUGCAGUGGGCAUGUCUGAGAAUGUCUCUUUUGAUUGUGAUUGGCUUAUUGUUUGGAAUCAUGAUUGUGAUUGGAAGAAUGCAAUCUGCUAAUCCUAUAUUUAUAUUAUUUGAUACUUUAAAUCCUCUUUAAAACAAAUCAAAUCAAAUGUUAUUGGUCACAUACACAUAUUUAGCAGAUGUUAUUGCUGGUGUAGCGAAAUGCUUGUGUUCCUACUGUAGCUCCAACAGUGCAGUAAUAUCUAACAAUUCACAACAAAACACACAAAUUUAAAAGUAAAAAAAAUGAAAUUAAGAAAUAUAGAAAUAUUUCUUUAAUUAAAUCAUCUUAUUUAGUUUUCUGACAUUAGAUAUCAUUUGAUUGUCUUUUUUUAAAUGUAGUACGUGCUUUACUUCCCUCAUCUCAUUAUAAAGUAUCUUCUCUCAUUUCUUUUUACUUACCUUUAAUACCUGGACUUUGUACAUUUUUUAUAACAGUUGAUUUUGUGUUCUAUGAGUUUUCUAGUGCAUUUAUUUGAGAACUGUGAAGACACUGGAGUCCCAUUUGAUAUAGGUUAUCUGGAUUAUCCCUGGUGCUAGAUAUGGGUUUACGGUUUAGAGGUUAGAGAUAAAGCGUGUACAGAUUGUGUUUAGAUGGCAGAUAUGACAUAUCUAUAGGGAUGAGGUCAGGUCAACGAUAGACAGAGAUAGAGGUGGAGUGGUUAUGGGGAAAGGAUAGAUAGAAGAACAGGGUCAUGUAAAAGAUGGAGAGAGAGAGGGGUAGAGUGUGAGGUGAAAAAGAGUAAGAGAGAGGAGAGAGACGGAUGUACAGACUGAGGAGAAGGCUGAAUGAUGAGUUGAAUAAAGUAUAUUAUGACAGAGA